AUGAAGCAGCAGGAAUCUGGUGCAGUAGUGCUGUUGUGGCAGGAGAGAGGAGAGUUUGCCGGACACGCUGGUGCAUUACCAAAAGGUAUAUAUGGUCUAGGAGUCGUGCCAGUCGACGAGGAGGAUGAUGGAUUGUUGAUUAUUGGUAUCUGCGAUAGGAGGCCGCCCGCGAAAGAGACGAAUUUGCGAAUAGAUGAGACGGAUGAGGUUGUAAAGAAGAAAGAGAGUAAGUACCCAAGCUUUCGUCGUUUGGAAGAUGAUUGA